AUGUAGUCAGAAGUGUUAACACCAGGAAAUAAAGUUUAAAAAUCAGAGGUUCAUGAUGAACAUGUCAAUUUGGAUUUAAAAAAAUAAAAUUAAUAAUAGCUUCAUUCUUAAGAAAGUUAAAAGAAUAAUAAUAGUACACAUCCAGAACCUAAUUAAAUUACAUAAAAAUAUGAAAAUUUAUUAGGAGAGAUAGCAUUUUAAGUUUAAGAUGCAGUUAUAGGUACAUCUUGUUGUUGCUGUAAGAAGAAAGUAGGAGCUCCUGUAUUUCCUUCAUUUUAAAAUAAAUUAGAUGAAGUGAGAUCUAGGCCUUUUAAAAGAGUUUAAAUGCUUAUCAAUCCUACAAGCGGAGGAGGAAAUGGGAAAAAAAUAGGAAAUAAUGUCAUUAAGUAGCUUACAAAACAUAAAAUACCUUUUGUUGCUAACUAUAGCGCAUCUAUAUUAAACUUCUAUGAUUUUGUUGAAACAUUUGAUUUCGAGGGAGAAGAUCUUCUCAUGGUUUGUGGAGGAGAUGGCUCCAUUUUUAUGACUUUAAACAUUUUAGCAAAAAGAUAAGCUAUUGAAAAGAAAUUAAAUGAAAAGCCAGUUAAACCCUAUCCUCUUGCUGUUGUUCCUGGAGGAACAGGAAAUGAUUUUUGCUCAUCAAUAGGGUUUAAUCAUAUUUAAGUGAGCAAUUAUGUAGAAAAAUAUCUUUUGGAGCCUAAGGUCAGAAAAGUUGAUAUUGGAAGGUGCAGACUGAAAGAUGAAAAUGGUAACUGGAAAAACUAUUAUUUUAGUUGUCAAGGUGGCGUAGGAUUUGCUGGUAGAGUUGACCAAAGAGCAAAAAAAUUAGGAAUAUUUUUUAGACUGAAAUAUAAAGUAGCUGCAUUUUUAGAAGUUGCUUCUGCCAAAACUGAUAUAAUGACAGUUAUUAUUGAUGGAAAAACAGUUCUUGAUAAAGGUAAAGUUAAGUUUAUAGAAGUUAAUAAUGUACCAAGGACAGGAGGCGGAUUCCGUGCAUGUCCAAUAGCAUAAGUAAAUGAUGGAAUUUUAGAUUUAAUAUUAAUGUACUCUGAUAAGACCAGUAGGAUGAUUAAUGUGCUUUAAGCAGCAGAAAAAGAUGGGCUUCAUAUUUAUGAGAAAGAAUGCUAGUAUUAUAGAGGUAAAGAAAUAAGAAUAAUAAGUCAUGAAAAGGACCCAAUUGAUAUGGAAAUAGAUGGAGAAGAUUUUAAAUGCACAGAAGUAAUUUUUGAUGUAGAUUCUGAAUUGGUCGAAGUUGUUUACUGA